AUGGCGCUGUUAACGAAUUCGUCCGCAAGCGGGCCGACAGCGACGCCGGCUGCGCAGGCGCAUCAUUCUACGACGCCGUUACAUCACUACUUCCAUUAUCUGAAGCAACCAUCACCCCUAGCUCAAAACCCAUACGCACAUCACUCGAGUGCGCACCACAUGGGCAUGGGUCCCGGACCCUUGGGUGGUCUUGGCCCAUUCGGACUUACGCACCAUGGGCUGGAAGCAGUUGGUUUUCCGCAAGGUGUAAACCCUAGAAAGCAAAGACGUGAACGAACGACGUUCACUCGCGCGCAACUCGAUGUGUUAGAAGCGCUGUUCGGCAAAACAAGGUAUCCAGACAUCUUCAUGAGAGAAGAAGUAGCGUUGAAAAUUAACUUGCCAGAAUCUAGAGUACAGGUUUGGUUCAAGAACCGACGGGCAAAGUGUCGACAACAGUUGCAACAACAGUCCAACUCGCAGAUAUCUAGCAAGUCCUCGUCUAGUUCCAAAAGCAUAUCAUCGACUAACUCUAUCAAAAGUUCCUCAUCAUCAAAGAUCUCUACGUCCAAAAACCUAACAAACUCCUCCAAUUCCUUAACAACUACCCAGAACUCCUCGAGUAUCACCACCUCAUCCCCUAACCUUCCCACCCCUACUACUUCAGUCAGUCCCCCAAUAAAUGUUAUUUGCAAGAAAGAGGCAGCACCAUCUAAUUAUGAGUCGUCACCAUUAAACAAAAAUCUGUCAAUAUCACAUCACUAUAACUCCAAUGACGCUUUAAGAAUCAGCAAAGAUUCAGAUUCUAUAUCUAACGUCCACAAUUACGGCGUUACUCCAAAACAAGAGCUUUAUAACAGCCCGAAGCGAUUAGAUUAUUCCAGCAAAGUAGACUAUUCAGAGAAGUUUGGGAGUAAUCUUGUUAAAGACCAAUAUAGCUCUCGUUUAACGGGGAACUUGACUCCUUUAGGGUCCAACUCCUCAAUCAUGACGACUCCUUCUCCCCCCAUAACUCCUCAAAGUUUGAAUGGUCCAGGGAACGUAUACCAUCCAGAUAGCUACAACAGUUUUCAUUGGCCGGGGAGUUCAGACUAUAUAAGAAGUUAUUCCAGCUCUCAUCACCAUCAAGGAUAUGGACAGAGCGCGUACAAUUCGCCUUAUUAUCCUAGUCAGAUGGAAUACUUCAACGGUUCUUCGGUAAAUCAAACACACGGUCACUCACACAACUUAACCGCAAAUGGCAACCAGCUGUACAACCAAGUGUCAUUUAACAACCCUUCUCCCCCCUCCUGGCCUUCCCAUCCCAAUAUCCUUUCUUCCGGUCCAGAAUCCCCUGAAAAUCAACCACAGAACUCCCCCCACUUGAGCAUGCUUCAAGCAUCCCAAAUUACGAACUUUUCCAAUUCCGGAAAUAGUUACUUCGCGCCAGAAAAGUACGGAAUAAAUAUGGUG